UACUGUAAAUAUAAUUAUUACCCUGAAAUUACUUAUAUGUACUCUGUUGACUGCUGAGUCAUUUUUGUAUUUGAAAAGGUCAUUAUAAAUCAAGAGUAAUAUAUAAGUUAAAAUCCUUUAAAAAAAAUAUAUAAUUAUGUCGAAUUGUACAUUAGAAUUGUCGACUUUACAACUGGCAAAAGUUUUAAAUUUGGUUGAAACUAUCAAGUUGGAUGACCCAACUAACACUUUUGAAAAAAUUAGAAAUCAGUUGUUUAAUUACUUAUUCGUUUUGGAUUUUGAAUCAACUUGUUGGGAACCGAAUGAUAAGAACAGAGCUGCUCCAGAAAUUAUUGAAUUCUCUGUUGUAUUAUAUUCCAUUUCAAAAAAUGAAAUUAUAUCUGAAUUUCAACAGUAUGUAAUGCCAAUUGAGAGACCCCAUUUAAGUAUAUUCUGUCAAGAAUUUACAGGUAUAACUCAGGAGAAAGUGGAUAAUGGUGUACCACUUGGGACAUGUUUAAUGGUACUUGGAAAAUGGAUUAAUGAUAUGAAAAGUCUUCAUGGUAUUGUUUUCACAGAAGAAAAAGACUCAAAAAGAAAAAAUGCAACGUUUGUUACUUGGUCUGAUUGGGAUUUAAAUGUUUGUCUACAAAAAGAGUGUCAAAGGAAAAGAAUAUUUAAACCUGAAAUCUUUAAUAGAUGGAUCGACUUAAGGGCUUUAUAUAAGGAACAUUACCAAAGGAAACCAAAGGGUCUCAAAGGGGCAUUAUCUGAGUUGGGGUUGUGUUUUGAAGGACGGGAACACUGUGGUCUACACGAUGCAAGGAACACCGCCAACUUAGCUGCUAAAAUGAUAAAAGAGGGAGUUUUACUUAAAAUAACGAAAGAUUUAUCAGAUAAGAAGACACCUCAAACUGGAAUAAAAAAAGAAUAAUUAUGAAUGACUUUUUAUUUUUAAGAUUAAUUAUACCAAAAUAAAAUAAUAUUUGCGUUUAACUUACAAAAAUUGAUU